GACACAUGUUUGACAAAACAACAUACAAAAUUGUAGAUCUUAAACCUUCGCGAUAAUCAGAUGAUACACAGUGGACGAGAAAAGUAUUUGUACGUCAUUGCAUUCGUUGUAGAAUUUACGUACUGAUCGGUCAAGUCCAAGUAUUGUUCAAGUAGGUUGCAUAAUCAUUUGAAAGUACUUUCAUACGACUGAGGAAACUCAUUGCUAUGAAAAUAAGAUGUGGGACUUGACGAUGUCAUUGCGGAUUGUCCUGCAAAUUCAUAGUCUCGUGAACGUAAUUAAAAAGCUGGAGCCUCGAUGGAAAAUUGAUUUAUCCACUCUACGUACGAAAGUCUAUUCAUGUAAACCUGUCGGGGCACAAUGAAAUUGGAGUUGAUGCAAAAACUGUCCAAUCUUCUGCGAGUUUAUCAUUGCAGUAAUAUAAAAACAGGAAUAUCGCAAUGACACGGUGCUCUGAGAAGGAAGUGGAAAAGAUACCAGGAAUACCAGAGAAAUAGAAAAUCGUACAUACAUAGAAACAAGUUUAGGAUGAUAUUAGAUAUUAUGGAAACCUGAAAUUCAAGAUAGAAUUCGAGUUAAUUACACUAGGAUACGAAGAAGUUGCUAAACGUGUUUCUUCCAACGUCUCCUCGUUCGAAGGAUUAAAGAUCCUGAAGCAAAUGCAUCGAGAAUUCAUACUUUUUUUCCAAAUUUCUCUACGAAAGAAUAUCGCAACACAACUGGACACGUGGAAGUCGCACGACGAGAAGAAGCUUUGCCCUCGAUGUCAAAAGGAAGCAAUACCGACCCUUCAUGCUCGGGGAGACAAAUUGACGACCUCGCAUAUUGGAGCCUUAUGUCUUUUAGGGUGUUGGCCGCUCUGCUUCGUACCACUGAUAAUGAAACGCUCGAAGAAGGUCCGCAUGAUCUGUCCUCUGUGUGGAUACAUGUACGGCAGCUUCCAGUAUAACAAUACCGGAUUAGCACCAUGCAAAACAGAUUCUGAAGACUCGCAAGCACGGCUUUCAUCUCCGCCGAGAAGCUUUCGUUUGUACGCGGCGAAACGGAAACGUAGAAAUUGAUGGCAAAAGCGUAUUCUCAUGAAAAAUUAAUUAUAUGAAAUAAUCCUUUUUCUAAUAAACAGACAGCGGAUGUUUAUGCAUUUUUACGUUCUUGUCAAUGCGCCUAAUGAAACGAAAAUAGUGAACCGAGGAUGGGUUGUUUUUAUUGAAAUAAUUGUUGCCAAGACUAUAAAUAUUUCUUUAGUUUUGAAGAUUUGCCUUUAUAACUUUGUACAUUACGAACAUUAGAGUAAAUUAUUAUGAAAGUCAGAAUAUUUUCCGACAUACACACUGUUAGGUGCAUUCAAUCCGGCAUUGUGAAUUCUGACAAUCUAAGUUAAAUUAUUAAUCAACUUUCGCAUUUUUGAUCUGCUGUGUCUCAGAAGCGAAUAAUUGUCAGUACAACUUGAAAACUUGUGGUCAUCGAUGUUUCAUAGUGAGGAAUCAUUUGCUACUAAUGUUGAGCAUUAUAUAUAUAUAUAUAUAAUAAAUUUUCAUUCAAGCAAUUAUUUAAUUAGAGAGUCACUUGUUAUUUAGAUUUCAAAUGAAGAAAAGGAAAUUAAUUAUUCAUUAUUUGAA